AUGGCGCUGAUCGCUAAGAUGUUUGGAGGAGGCAAAGGCGGGAAAGGACCGUCCACGCAGGAGGCGAUCCAGAAGCUCCGAGACACCGAGGACAUGCUCAGCAAGAAGCAGGAGUUUCUGGAGAAGAAGAUCCAUCACGAGCUGGAGCUGGCGAAGAGGCAUGGGACCAGGAACAAGAGAGCUGCGAUCCAGGCUCUGAAGAGAAAGAAGCGUUUGGAGAAACAGUUGGAGCAGAUCGAUGGAACUCUGUCGACCAUUGAGUUCCAGAGAGACUCUCUGGAGAACGCCAACACCAACACGGAGGUGCUGAAGAACAUGGGCUACGCUGCCAAGGCCUGA